UUGCAAAAAAAAAAAAAAAAAUUCAGAAAUGGAUAAAAAAGCAAAAGGAUAUAAAUUUGUGUUCGUCCCCAGUUCAGUCUGGUUGCUUCACCUCGGUUUCUCUCCUUUCUUCUUCUUCUUCACAAUUCACCUCUGCUUAGGUGGUGCGUGGCUUUGUUUUCAAGCAUUAAUAUCCCCCGAAAUAUCUAGUGAAAAUCAACCGUCCGAAGUCUCUUGGUCAAGAUGACACCUGUUCGCCCUUUCAUUAGGGCUGCUCAACCUGGUGAAAUAUCCAUUCAGAAACCCAAUGAAAGUCAAAAUGAACAGCUUGAUGACCUUGAAAACAAGCCCAUGAAGGAAUCUGGGGAGCCAGCUAUACUGCCAUCCAAAUGCCCGUUUGGGCAUAAACAACAAGAUGGAAGUGAAAACGAUCAUAAGCAAGAGCCAGGGGAGCAUGGAGCGGUGUCAUCCAAAUGCCCCUCUGGGCAUAUACGAAAAGCUAGCAGUGAUAACAAGUCUAAACAGGAGGCUGGGGCUGGUAUUGUUUUACCAAAAUGCCCCCUUGGAUUUGAUUCUCAAACAUUUAAGCUCGGUCCUCUUAGUUGCAUGGUUUGCCAAGCACUUCUUUAUGACUCCAGCAGAUGUGUUCCCUGCUCUCAUGUAUUUUGCAAAGUGUGCAUAUCACACUUUAAGGACUGUCCAUUGUGCGGAGCUGAUAUUGAGAAGAUUGAAGCUGACACAAAUCUUCAAACUACUGUUGAUCGCUUCAUUGAAGGGCAUGCAAGGAUAAAGCGGUCUCAAGUUACUACAGAGCAAGAAGGUAUAGGAGAGAGGAGGGCAGUUAUAUAUGAAGACAUUUCUUUGGAGAGAGGCUCUUUUCUGGUGCAUCAUGCCAUGCGAGCAUUCCGUGCGAAUAAUAUUGAGAGUGCGAAAUCAAGACUGAGCAUAUGCGUGGAAGACAUUCAAGAACGGGUAAAAACAUUGGGAAACACGUCAGAAUUGUGCUCACAGCUUGGAGCAGUUCUGGGUAUGCUUGGUGAUUGCUGCCGAGCAACCGGGGAUGCUGCAUCUGCAGUGAACUAUUUUGAAGAGAGUGUCAACUUCCUCCGGAAGGUGCCUAAAGAUGAUUUAGAGAUAACACACACACUUUCUGUGUCUCUAAAUAAAAUUGGAGAUCUCAAAUACUAUGGGGAAGACUUGCAAGCUGCAAGAGCAUAUUAUUUUCAAGCACUGGAUAUUAGACGCAAUGCCAUCAGGCAACAUUCUCUACCAUCUCAGAUCAUAGAUGUUGCUGUUUCCCUUGCAAAAGUUGCUGAUGUGGAUAGAAAUCUUGGGAUGGAAAAAACAGCAACAGAGGGCUUUCAAGAAGCGAUAGAAAUGCUGCAAUCUAUGAAACUGAAUCAUGAAGAAGCUGACCUUGAUCAGCGAAGGUUAUCGGUUCUUAAGUUCGUUAACAGUCAGCUCGGGAAGGAAAAAACGACCAAUUCAGGGUUAUGACUGAUUGAUGGUCUUCGUGUGGAUAACCCAGUAUUAAAGAUAUCAGUUUGUAUAUUGCUUGGGCAUAAACUGUUAGGUGUUUUAUUGUUAUUGUGACUACUACUAAUGUCGCAUUCUCUUUUUAUCUGAAUGUUUGUAUUAAAUUCAGGCGCACAUUUCUUUUUUUCUAUUGCAGAUUGAAUAAAGUUCAAACUGAACUUUUCUCGAUGACACUCUUCAGUAGAGCUUAUUUCUAUGUGAAAUGGGCUCAAUCUUUUCCGCUCCAUCCGGUCCCAAAAGCUCCAUCCGUACGAAUAAAAUUUCAACAUAAUUUUUUAUUAAAGAUAUCACUUACUACUCCUUAUCACUUGCAAGGCUUCUGUUUGUAGCUUAUUACUUUUAUGACGAAAUAAACAUUUUCUCUUCAGACCAGAAGCCAUUUAGUCAAAAUAAUUUCUGGGAACUCAUAAUUUCUACUUCAUUUGUUCGAAGUGAUUUUCGAAUUUUGUAAAAUGUCCCGAGUAUGGAUAUGUUUCUUUUAAUACUGAUAAAUGGCUACUAAAUAA